GCGGAGCGCGGCCCGACGACAGCAGAACAAUCCGGGUUGAAAGGUGAUUUUGAAAGGUGGCUUGAAACACAAGCUCCUGCGACGAAUCCACGCGACCCCACUUCAUACUUCCUUGGCUAACUCAAGCGUUUCCUACUAGCGACAUUCCUCUGGACCUCAAGCACACACAACUGUUUUGCUCGCUUGCAGCUGCAUCUCGCCCUUCAGUUCUGUGUGCUUUUGCAUUCGAUUGAAAAGGCGCGGAAGAAUCCUGCUGCUGCAGCGCGAAGGAUCGCAUCGAUUGUCCGUUCUCUGCAAACAUGCGUGCCCUCAUUCUCGUCGGCGGUUAUGGCACCCGCCUUCGUCCUCUGACGCUGAGCUGCCCGAAGCCCCUGGUGGAGUUCGCUAACAAGCCCAUGAUCAUCCACCAAAUUGAGGCCCUGAAGGUCGCGGGUUGCACGGAGGUGGUGCUCGCCAUCAACUACCAGCCCGAGGUCAUGCUGGGUUUCAUCCAGGAGUGGCAGGAGAAGCUGGGUGUCAGGAUUGUCUGCUCUCAGGAGAAGGAGCCGAUGGGCACUGCCGGUCCCCUGGCGCUUGCGCGGGAAACGCUUGAUGACGGCAAGGGCACGCCCUUCUUCGUCCUCAACAGCGACGUGAUCUGCGAUUACCCGCUGAAGGAUAUGCUCGACUUCCACAAGGCCCGCGGCGCUGAGGCCACCAUCCUGGUGACCAAGGUGGAUGACCCCACCAAGUACGGUGUGGUGGUGAUGGACGAGUACGGCCAGGUGCAGCGCUUUGUGGAGAAGCCCAAGGAGUUUGUGGGCGAUAAGAUCAACGCGGGUAUCUACGUGUGCAGCCCUUCCAUCCUGAACCGCAUUGAGCUGCGCCCCACCUCCAUCGAGCGCGAGGUGUUCCCGCACGUGGCCGCCGACAACCGGCUGUACGCCUACACGCUCAACGGCUACUGGAUGGACGUGGGCCAGCCCAAGGACUACCUGAAGGGCCUGCACCUGUACCUGGACUCCAUGGCCAUCCGCCAGUCGCCGCAGCUGGCCAAGGGCACGGGGAUCAACGGCAACGUGCUGGUGGACCCCAGCGCGAAGAUCGGCGAGGGCUGCCUCAUCGGGCCUGACGUGUCCAUCUCGGCUGGCUGCGUCAUUGGCAACGGUGUGCGCCUCAGCCACUGCGUGGUGAUGCGCGGUGUUCGGAUUAAGGACCACUCCAAGGUGGAGUCCUGCAUUGUGGGCUGGGACAGCAAGGUCGGCGCAUGGAGCCGCCUGGAGAACCACUGCGUGCUGGGCGAGGACGUGACCGUCAAGGAUGAGCUGUACCUCAACGGUGCCAUCGUCCUGCCGCACAAGGAGAUCAAGGAGUCGGUGAGCACGCCCGCCAUCAUUCUCUAAGCGUGCUCGAGCUUCGCCUGGAAUGGCCGCAGCCAUUAGUAGUGGCUGCAUGUGGCGUCAGGGAGAAAGCAUGGCAGUGGAGAGGUCGCUAGCUGAAGUAAGCAAGUGGGGGCCAUAAUUUGGCCGGGAAUGCAGCCAGUGCCCAGACAUAGGAUGAAGCGCCAGGGUGACAUAUUUGCUAAUCUGACAUACAGCGUGCGUUGCCAUGGAUGGAGACUUCGAAACUUUCUUAGACGGAUGUGGUCCGUAGGUGCUAAUGGCGACGGAGGUAGAUGCCACCAGGUGGAUGCUUUGAGCCUCUGUGCACAAUCGCCAACACUAUCGGCAAAGCUGAACCGGCAUAGCCGCGCUUGCGUGGUCAGCGGUUGGUACUAUGUGGCGUUAUGGACUGGUUGUGUGCGAUGCAGGCAAGCAAUGCCUUAUUGCUCGCAUGAGCUAUGAAUAGGUAUGGGGUUGCGACGACUCUGGCGGUAAACUACCGUAUCAAGGUAAAACUGUGGAUGGACUGUGUGGCCAUACAAGGGAAAUGCCCCAGACACGGAUAGGAUAGGCUGGAUGGCACCAUAGCAGCACGCUCGUCCGUUGUCACUGCACCGCCUG